AUCUCCCCAGAGUACGCUGGGUGGUGGUCUGGCGCUUUAGUCUUGCGCAUGCGCAGAGCAGCACGCAGCUCGCGCUGAAGAGUCGACGCUGCCAAGGAAACACGCAUGCAGAUACAGUCAGCAUCGGACACACAUACACAGAGCUCCAAGCCCCAACACACUGUCAAAUGACUGCUAUUCACAUCAGCUUAAUGCGAAAACCGUGCAGCCGGGGACUGCAGGAAGCUAUGUGAGGGGGGAAAAGGUAAAAAAAAAAAAAAGAAGAAGAAGAAGAAGAAGAAGGAGACCUAGCGAAAAGUGCGAGAGAAGUCAGCUUAACGUCUUCUGCGUGCGGUGUAUCGCCAUGCCGCUGGUAAAGAGGAGCAUUGAGCCCAGGCACCUGUGCAGGGGAGCUCUCCCUGACCGAGUCUCCAGUGAGCUUGAGUGUGUCACCAACAGCACUCUAGCAGCCGUCAUCAAGCAGCUUGGUAGCCUCAGUCGCCAUGCAGAAGACGUCUUCGGAGAGCUGUUUAAAGAAGCGAACAGUUUCUGCUUGCGCAUGAGUCACCUGCAGGAGCGCGUGGACCUGCUGGCUGUUAAAGUCACCCAGUUGGACUCCACCGUGGAAGAAGUCUCAUUGCAGGACAUCAACAUGAGGAAGGCGUUUAAGAGCUCCACCAUUCAGGACCAGCAGGUGGUGUCACGCUCCUCCAUCCCCAACCCUGUUAUGGAGAUUUAUCAGUGUGGAGACAAGCCUCCACCACUCAAUAUCCUCACUCCAUACAGAGAUGAUAAGAAGGAUGCUCUGAAGUUUUACACAGACCCAUCAUACUUCUUCAAUCUCUGGAAGGAGAAAAUGCUGCAAGCCACAGAGGACAAGAGGAAAGAGAAGAGACGCCAGAAGACGAGCGGUCCGGCCCAGGCUCACUCGGCCCAGUCUAAGUCCCUGUCCAGGCAGACCGCUCCCAGAAGCCCCCUCUUCUGCUCUGAGCAGCAGAAGCAGGUGGAGGAACCAGGUCGUGAGGUGAAGAAGGUUCGGAAAGCUCGGAACCGCAGGCAGGAAUGGAACGUGCUGGCUUAUGAUAAAGAAUUUCGCCCCGAUGCCCGCUUUACACCCUCCCCAUACCACGGAAUGUCGUCAGAGGGCUCACUAUCACCUGACAACAGGUCAGUGUUAUCAGAUGUGGGUGAGCACUCGUACCCCGGCAGCCCAAACCGGCCUGCACAACACACACCACCAUGCAGCGCUCACUCCACCACAGACGGUAAAGAGCUCAUCCUCACUCCUUCCCAGACCCAGUCACUGCAGCGAGGCUACCGGCCCACUGGCCCCCUGUCCACUCCGGCUGGGAGAGACACGCUGGGUAGAAUCCAGCCCUCACACACAACCCCACCCACUGACCCCACCGUCAACGGCCCUCGCCCAGUUCAGGCUAAAGACUACAGCAUUCAACAAUCCCAGCACUCCGAGUUCUUCAUCCCUCCUGCUCCUCCUCCUCCACCUCCUCCUCUCAUCCCCUCAGCUCAGACAGCCUUUGACAGCCCGACUGCUCCUUCUUCCUCCUCCUCUUCCUCCUCCCUUCCCAUCAGCACCAUGGCCUCCCUGUCCCGCCCCUACGGCACUUCUCCUCCCGCAGCUCCUCCACCACCUCCAGCCGGACCCCCGGCACAUGCACACCCACUCACGCACAGCCUGCCACCAGCCCUCGCUGAGACUGCGGCCCCCAGGAAGGCUCAGGUGCCCCUGGUCCCCAUGAGUGACGCCAGGAGUGACCUGCUAGCUGCCAUACGCCGAGGAAUCCAGUUAAGGAAAGUACAGGAGCAGAGGGAGCUGGAGGCUAAGAAGGAGCCUGUAGGCAAUGAUGUAGCCACAAUUCUGUCACGCCGCAUCGCUGUAGAGUACAGCGAAUCCGACGAGGACUCUGAGCUGGACGAAAACGAGUGGUCUGAUUGAAGAAGAGAGUAGGAGCCGAGACGAGAAGACCGCAUAAGGCAAACAGAGACGAGAUGUUCAGGCGCGCACAAGUAAUUCUGCUGGGGGCUACUUUUCUAAAAGCCUGACUGAAGCCCCGAUUCUGUGUCCUCAAAGACCCGAGGCUGGAGAAACUGAUAGCUGUACAGGUUUCGCAUGUUUAUAGGUUUAUAACUUGCAGUUUAAAAGUUUAUUUCAUAUCUGAGGGCAAGGUGUUCCGAGAGUUGGCGAGACACAGGCCUGUAAGCACAAAAUUGCAUAAAUGAAAUGAAGUUUUUAAAAACUGUUGGCUCACAAGCCAGGUAUGGCUGUUUUGGGGAAUCCUUAUUAAGAUCAGACAACAAAACAAGCUGAAGACAUUAAAAAUGUUAUACGAUUUUAAAUAGUUUCAACAAGACUUUAAGUAAAUAGGUCUAACAAUAUGGGUAAAAACAUUUCUAUCAUCAAAUCCUUAGAGUAGCAUUUACUCAUGUUAAGGUUAAGGCUUAACUUCAUCUCUGUAGUCUCUAAAUUCUAUUGGACAGUAUUGCUGAGUUUGGGUUACUUCCCGUUCAAAUGGUUAAAGCAAUACAAAGACUACACUAGCUAACGUUACACUGUAAAACUGGAUAAGUUAAUUUAACUCAAAAAAUUUGAGGAAACUAAUUACCUCAAAAUUUUUUAUUUGAUAAAUCAAUUUGUUUAAGCCAAAUACACUUAAAUAGAACAAAAAUUGAACUCAAACUUUGUAAUUUAAAAUACAUUUUUGUCAUAUUUAAGUGUAUUUGGCUUAAACAAAUUGAUUUAUCAACUUAAAAAUCUUACGAUAAUUAGUUUCCUCAAAUAUUUUGAGUUAAAUGAACUCAUCCGGUUUUACGUUGUUGCUACAAUUGGCAAAAAAAAAAAAAAAAAAAAAAGGCAAUGUACAUCAUUAUUUCCAGCCUUUACUGAAAAAUCAGGGUUCGUCAUAUACUUGAUUUGCAAACGUAAAGCAUCACUUAUUUAUUCUUGUUUACUGCAUUUGUGGCUAAUUGAUCACUAUGUGGUGUGGUGUGUGUAACUGUUAACGGUGUGCAUGCAGACUGAGAUUCCAUGGGAGCCAGCAAAAAAGUGUAGAAGAGCUACAGGCAGUCAGAUAUGAAGCUCGCAGGACACAGGAAGUCGAAGGAAUGUUCGUUAACAUGGUGAGGUAUUGGACGUGGCAGGUUGAUUGUGCAGCAUUGUGCAACGUGUGUAACACUUCUCAUCCAUCUUCUGUAAAUUCUUCAUCCUGUUUAAUAUAAACUGACUUGUUUAUAUAAGAGUACACAGAACCAAGGGAAUAGAACCAGGUUCGUUAGAAAGUAUUGAAGCAGGUACAAAUGACUAUAAGAACUGUGGACGUAGGCAGGAUUGGUCAGAAUUCCUUCGUAAAUGGGAUUUCAUAAAUAAUCCAACAGAACUUGUAGCUGUUUUAAAGAACAAAAUAUCAAUUGCGGCUAUCCUAAUGUCACGUAAUGGACGUUGGUAGUACCGAUCGACCUAUAAUUUUUUAAAUGUUUUAUUUGUUUCUUUUCGUGGCUCUGCUAACUGGUAACGAGUCCCUGCUCUGGCUGGAAAUAGAUUAUUCAGGGGGUUUUUUGCCACAGUUUACACUACUGUGUGUCCAGCAGGAUGAAGCCCACACAUUAUGACUCUUUUGCUAUAAAUCGCACUUCAUGUGUUCCUGCCAUCUGCCAAAUUCACAGCCUCUCAUACUCAGUUUCUUUCUCGUUCUCGAGCACUUUUUUUUCCUUGCUCAUUGGUCGUGUUUGUUAGAAGGGACAGCUGUUAGCCAGUUGUCCACGGUGUGACUUCAGAUGGUUACAAGCUCAAACCUGGACACAUUCUCACAGACAGAAAACGUGAGUUGUUCAAAUCACAACUAUUCUUCACUACGUACAGAGCGUAGUGCAAGUGCAGCGAUAUGAAGGAUAUAAAUGUAUAUAUGGUAUAUUUUACUGUGUUCAUUUAGUAAGAUGUAGUAAUAUAAUGAUCUUUCUUUCUGCCAACAAAGGAAAAGACAUUCAUCUGGAUUACUCAUUUCUUAAGAUGCUGCCUUGAAAAUGUUGUUUAUUUUGUGAUAUAACACAUUGUAGCAUAUUUGAUAUACAACCCCCAUUCCAGAAAAAAUUGAGACACUGUGUAACAUGCAAAUAAAAACAGGAUGCAAUGAUUUACAAAUCUCAUAAGCUCAUAUGAUAUUCACAAUAGAACAUGGAAAACAUAUGAAAUGUUUCGACUGAGGAAAUGCACCAUUUUAAGGGAAAAAUAAGGUCAUUUUGAAUUUGAUGGCCACAACACAUCUCAAAAAGUUGGGACAGGGGCAACAAAAGGCUGGAGAAGUAAGUGUUACUAAAAAGAAACAGCUGGAGGAACAUUUUGCAACUAAUUAUGUUAAUUGGCAACAGGUCAGUAACAUGAUUAGGUAUAAAAAGAGUAUCUCAGAGAGGUAGAGUCUCUCAGAAGUAAAGAUGGGACGGAAUCUGGAUGGAAGCAGAUGCUGCUCUAAAACCUGUAUAUACCUUUCAGCAUUGAUGGUGCGUUUCCAGAUGUGCAAGCUGCCCAUUCCAUAGACAUUAAUGUACCCCCAUACCAUCAGAGAUGCAGGCUUUUGAACUGAGCCCUGAUAAAAAGCCGAAUAGUCCCUCUCCUCUUUAGUCCUCUUUAGUUUAGAGGACGUGAUCCAUGGUUUCCAGAAAUAAUUAAAAAUUAGGAUUGUUCUAUGAGAUUUGAAAAUCAUUGCAUUCUGUUUUUAUUUGCAUUUGACACAGCGUCCCAACUUUUUUGGAAUUGGGGCUGUAUAAUGUAUUUAGUCUGGAGUGGUUUUUUUGUGUUUUGAAAUACUCUGAACAACUUCGGUAGCUUUGCGGUGAAUAGUGUGUUAGGUUAAUAAUCUCUCUUCACACAGAAGAGUUCAUCCUGAAAGGUGUUCAUUCCACUGUCACUAGUAACAUAAGAAGAAAGAAGGAUAUGACAGUUUUAUUAAAUAUUAAACCAGACUCACAAAUAUAAAUAAGUCAGAAUUUUUUUUUUUUUUUUUUUUUUUUUUAAAGACUUUUUAUGUUUUAGCCACUAAUGUGUCCAAAGUAAAAGCACUUAAAUAUUUUAGCUUUUUUAAAUGAUUAUUAUUCAAAAGCUUACUUGCGUCACUGAUAGCUGCACAAAAAGGAAGGCUUUAGGCUCUCUGGAUUUUUUUAUUUUUUUUGCUGUUGUAUAUACUGUCAUAUAAAAUUUCUCUAAGCCUGCUUGUAAAGUAAUCUGAGUACGAAAUUGGAGUGUCUAAGUUAAAAAAACAAACAAACAAAAAAAACGUUCAGUGUGUGUUUACGAAGAAGCUGUAGGCCAGUACAUGCAUGUCCCAAUGGCCAAUAAAAGCCCACUGAUAGAAACACCAGUGUGGUUAGUGUUGCAUAUACACUGUUGUGUUAACUGAUGUGUAUAUUAUAAGUUAUAUUUUAAUAGAUUAUUCUAAUAACCAGCAACAUUUGUGUGUCUCUCGAAAUUUUAAACAGGUAGUGAUUACCUGUGAAAACGGCAUUUAUUUGUUUGUUUGUUUAUUUGUUUGUUUAUUUUGAGGGGGUAAAACUGUAUUUGUGAAAUAAAGUACUUAAAAGGUGAGAAUAUUAAAUGAACAGAUACAGUUUGUGUUUAUAAAUGUAAAAACUGUGACUUUAACGUGAAUAGAACCUACUUUUUAGUUUCCUUCAUGUUUCCAGUGUAUCACUAUUUACACACACACACACAGAGACAGAGUGCGUUGUAGCUAGCACUGAACAGA